AAGAAUUCCCUAAUAUAGAACGAUCAUCUGUCACUUUACUGUCCUUUUUCCAUAUAAGUUCGGGAGGGAAGAUAAGAAAGAACAGAACGGUUUUAUUUGUCUUGGGAUACAUACUGAAAUGUGGACAUUUUCAGUAUUUUGAAGUACUUAUUUCGAUGAAAGGUGCUAUGAACAUCAUUUCGUUUAGCUAAACGUUUGACACAAUGCAAACACGGGACCACACAAUUGAUGACGACUUCAACGGUACGGUAGACGCUAAUACCGUUCUGGGUCUUCAAAAGGACACUCAAUUCGACAGAAUUGUGAAGAUCGUCUUUUAUUCCGCGCUGAUUAUCCUCGGCGUGUUCGGGAAUCUGAUUAUCAUUGUUGUCAUCGCGCGAUACAAGCACCUGCGGACGAAGUUUAAUUUGUACGUAGUGAACUUGGCAGUUUGCGAUCUGCUCGUGGCGGUCACGUGCCCCUGGGUCCACCUGAUGACCGACCUGAGUCCGCACUGGCCCCUCGGCGAGGUCAUCUGCAAGGUGCACACGUUUGUCCAAGUGACAAUGAUUUGCAGCAGUAUUUUCACGCUGUGCACUCUGACGCUCGAUCGGUACAUGGCCAUUACCUCCCCUGGUUGCCUCUGGAUCACACAGAAAUAUCAGCCUCUGACAAUCGUCAUCAUCUGGGUUUGCUCCUUGGGAGUGGCCGUUCCAUGGCUCAUCUUCCAGAUCUACAACGAAUUUGAUUGGAUAGGAGGCCACGAGGUUGUGUGUCAGGUAGCGUUCCCCUCUCUGGCGCACAGACGGACGUACUACGUUUGCUUCUUCGUGCUCGUAUUUCUCGUGCCAGUGCUGCUCAUGUUGGCUUUGCUCGUUGCGGCCAUUAUACGGACCGGAUAUGCCCGUCCGGAUGGGUCCCUUACGACGGAAGAGUUUAAGAGAAGCCAGCGAAUGGCCCAGUACUUCCUUUUCACGGUGAUCGUGCUGUUCUGUGUCUGCUGGGCACCACAACAGGCACUGCUCCUUUGGGACGUCUACAGAGACAUACACGUGAAGCCGCCCGGACUUCGCAGCGUGCACUUCGCCGCCCUCUACGUGGCCUAUUCCAGUAGCGCCAUCAACCCCAUCAUAUACUUCUUGUUCAGCAAGUGCUUCCGGGAGACCGUCAAGGGGUGCUGCUCGCGCAGACGCCAGAUUUUGCAAGUCGCCGUAGAACCGUUACAAGGACCAUCGGUACCGUUAGAUGAGUCAAGUGAACACGAUGGAGAACGUUGACGCGGCACAUCACAGGAAAAUGGGUCACAAUAAUGAUCAUCAAUUAUACGAUAUCGACGUGGACUCGACAAUUGCGCGGUCUGUAUUCGAUCAGGUGUUUGCAGACUGUGAACCCAGUCAUUCGCCACCGAUGUUCAGAACAUAGAAGCUUGUCCUCAUUUCAGCGGGCAUGUCUGAGCGGCGUCAACUGGUAUCAAGAAACAAUCAUCCGCUACCCAGGGCCGUUAAGCACGGGCGCCACAUCUUUUAUGCCUUCACAAACGCAACCAUGACGUAACUUAUAAAGGUCCUCACGUUUGAAAAUGGGUUGUAAUUGUGUGUUUCUUUACAUGUUUGGAUGAAUAAAUGUUUUGUGUUUU